AUGAGGGAUGAUGAUAUCACCACCAUCGUCAGCUGUCCAGUGCGUCGCGUUGGAGUGCUGAUCGGCAAAGCAGGAGCGACGAUCAAUCAGUUGCGGAAGGAGACCGGUGCCUCCAUCGAGGUGGAGCGAUCGGAUAGCAAAGAGCCACGAGAGGCAUCGAGCAUCAUCGAGCGAAUGUUACGGUUUCAGGCUCAGAGUCUGCAGUCAAAGAUGCUGUGCAGCGGUCCAGGUCAUCAGAUCGAGAGACUGCUGCAGAUCCUCCCGCUCCUUUGCCAGGCGCCCCUGUCCCACAAGCUUAUCCUGGAUGGCCGCCACAUCCACAUCCGCCACAUGCCACCCGCAGCCACAGCAACUGGCCCACAACAACAAUAUCCACCACCGCAGCAUGCUCCUCCUCCUCAAGCACCUCCGGCAUCCCACCCAGGGUUUCCGCCUGCACAUGCAGCGCCGCCGCCUCAUUAUCCUCCGCCACAAGCGGGUUAUCAAAGCUACCCAGGCUAUGCACAGCCGAACCUUUCUCCAGCGCAGGCUCCAGCCACUGCGCCAGCUCCACAGAGCCAUCCCCACUAUCCACCGCCUCCCUCUGGCUAUCCACCAGUGCCGACAUACCAUCACCAAGUCCCCUCCACCUACCCCACCUAUCCCAGCUACCCUAGCCCGACCUACCCCGGCUACCCAGCCUACCCCAGCCAGCCAGCAUAUCCCGCGUAUCCACCCGAGCAGCCACCGCCUGCAGCGCCGGGGUCUAAGCGAUCUGCCUCGCUCAAAUUGUCAAUUCCCAAUGGCUUGCAUUCACAAAGGCCUGGCGCGUACGGCUCCCGACUUCUGGUGGACAGGCUGCACCAUGUGCAGGUCGCAAUCCGCAAGAUGACCAGCAGCUGCGCCCUGGAUCCAGCAGCUGCGUUGCGCCGUGGGCACACGGUCGCGGCGAGAUCCAUCACGAUCCAGAAGGCGAAGACGUUCGAGAUCGCGUCGCUCCUCUCGUUCGCGAUCGUCCCGGUCGCGCUCAAGACGGAGGACGAAUGCAAUCAUCAAAUUAGCCUGGUCAUCCUGCCCCGGUGUGCCUUGACGCUCUUGCGACAGACGAGCUUCAUUUCAACUUUAUACCCACAGGUCUUCGCAGCAAACAGGUCUACAGACCCCAACGCGGAAGUUCAGGACGCUCCAAAGGCUCGCAAAGGAAAAGGAGCUGUAACAGGCGCAUUUCCGCGCCUUGAAGCUGAGAGGCGAGCUCCAGGCGCCCGCGUAUGGAAAGAGUCUGAGCUUGCCCUGCACGAUGGUCAAAACCGGAGCAGGCCGCUGCUCAUUGCUAUUCUUGGGGAGGUCUACGAUGUGGGUCCCGGCGAAAGGUUUUACGCGCCUGGAGAGGGAUAUGCAUUGAUGGCUGGGAAGGAUGCCAGCAGAGCCAUGAGCACCGGCCAGUUUGCAGAAGAUGCAACUCCAAGCCUGCAUGGCUUCUCGGCAGAGCAAAUUGCUGAUGUCAUGCAUUGGCGAUCUUUUUAUCGGCAGCACGAGCAGUAUCGAUUUGUUGGCUUUCUUGAAGGUCUGUACUACUCCAAGGAUGGAAGUCCUCUGCCGGCAAUGCUAAAUCUGGAGGACGCCCAGUCCCAAAUUGAAAAGACGCAAAAGGCAAUGGCAGAGGCCAAGCAGCGCUUCAAGGCUUGCAACUCUAAGACGACACAGGAAGAUCCGCGCACAGAAAUAUGGUGCGAUCCUAGAUAUCAUGGAGAAGGAGCAUCUUUAGUCUACGUCACGGCCUACAGCCCCGAGUCCAAGAAGGAAGAGAGCUGGUGUGCCUGCGCAUCUACUUCUGGCCGAGCUGAAGAGAUUCACAGACUAUCCUGGAUGUGA